AUUCUGUUCAGUUGAGGCCGUGAAACGAGCGCGAGCGCACGUCUAAUUUAUUUUAAAAUAUUUAUAUCCGUGUAGUUAGUUUUUAUAAGUUUACGAUGGAAUGGCUAGAUACAAAACCAGUCAUAUUUGCGGACAAAUAUCGUAUAGAAUGUUUGUCUCCUGCUACGUUUCCGGGCGCAUUGAGAGUUAUAAAAGAAUCAUUCUGUCAAGAUGAAUAUGUGAGUAUUGGGAGUGAGGUGAACAAAAACCCAAUCGCAGCAGAAGAGUUGCUUGAGCUAUGCGCAGAUGCAGCGCUCGACAGCGUCUCCUUGGUCGCGGUCGAGGUCAAUACAAAUGAAGUUGUCUCAGUCGCUUUUAAUAAAAUUCAGGUACAAUGUAUGAGUGGAUCUGAGAAGCCAUUUUUCGAAGUAUUUGCCGAAGAACGUUGCACUCAGGAAUCAUCGCGCUCUCUUAUUCAAUUUAUGGCAACUGUAGACGGAAGGUGCAAUCUAUUUGAUAAAUACGGCGUCGACUGCAGCCUUGAAAUAAUGUUUCUCGCGACGCUACGAGAGCAUAGACAUAAAAAAUUAGGCAUGAUUUUAUGCAAGUACUCUGUGGAACUUGCUAAAAAGAUUAAAGAUGGUCCCGUCGGCAAAUUAACCGUGCAAGACCUUGGCCCAAAGUAUUCUAUGUUGAAAUCGAGAGAACCAUACGGAACAUAUCCAAAAAUAUGUCAAGCCAUCUGGACAUCUAUAGGAUCUCAAAAAAUUGGCAAAGUCCUAAAUUUUAAAGUUCAUCUAACUGUGUCGUUAAAGGAAUUUAUUUUCGAAGGCAAACCAUACUCGGAGCGAAUAGGUGACGAAAAUGCUUUUUGUGAAGUUGCCGCAUUUCCUUUAUACUAAACAAAUUAUU